AUGUCGGAAAGCACCAGACAAAGAAGGGCGGCGGCGGCUCCCCCGCGGGCCUCGCAGUCACAGUCACAGUCACAGUCGCAGUCGCAGACCUCGCAGUCGCAGUCGCAGACCCAGACCCAGACCCAGACCCAGACGCAGCAGCCGUCGAGGAUAUUGCGUCUCAGAGGCCAGCACGGUGCGAGUGCGCGGACCGUGCAGUGGGCCGAAGAUGUGGUUGACAACGAGGGGCUGGGCCGCAAGAGCUCAAAGGUGUGCUGCAUAUACCACAAGCCAAAGGGCGUCGACGAGUCCAGCGACGAGUCGUCGUCGGACUCGGACACGGAAUCGGAGACGGAGAGCCGUCGCGGCGACGGGAAGAAGCUGCCUGCUUGUGGGCACUCGCAUGGGCGGGGGAGAGGGAAGGCCAAGGGGAAGAAGAACAGGCUGCCCAGUCCGAAUGCGUACGAAAAGGUGCCCAAGGUGAAGCCCAAGGAUGACGAGUCGUGA